AUGACUUUACUUUUGUGUAUGCUUAUGAGUUUGUUAGUAAAUGAAUAUGGACGGCCAUCAGAAACAACUGACUACAGGCCAUAUAUUGAAGUGAAUGAGUACGGACGGCCCUCAGAAACAAAUAAUUGUUAUUGGUCGUAUCCUCAAGCGAACGAAUAUGGACGGCCUUCAGAAACAACUGAUUAUAGGCCAUAUCCUGAAGUAAAUGAAUAUGGAAGGCCUUCAGAAACUACUGAUUAUAGGCCAUAUCCUGAAGUAAAUGAAUAUGGACGGCCAUCAGAAACAACUGACUACAGGCCAUAUAUUGAAGUGAAUGAGUACGGACGGCCCUCAGAAACAAAUAAUUGUUAUUGGUCGUAUCCUCAAGCGAACGAAUAUGGACGGCCUUCAGAAACAACUGAUUAUAGGCCAUAUCCUGAAGUGAAUGAGUACGGACGGCCCUCAGAAACAAAUAAUUGUUAUUGGUCGUAUCCUCAAUCGAAUGAAUAUGGACGGACUUCAGAAACAACUGAUUCUUGGCCGUAUCCUCAGGGGUACGAAUAUGGACGGCCAUCACAUACGAAUGACUAUUUGCCGUAUUCUGAAAUAAAUGAAGAUAAACGGCCCACAGGAACGAAUGAUUAUUGCUCCUAUCCUGAAACUAUUCGGUAUGAAUCUCAACCAAUAAUAACCGAAUAUUGGACACCCCCGGAAAUGAAAGAGCAUGAACAGACAUCAAAACCACAGCAUUAUGCGCCACCAACAGAAGUGUUACAACAUUGUCUGGUGCCAGAGUUAUCCGGAGAUCAGAAGCAGCCAUAUGUACUUUUUGAAUAUGGAAAACAAACAGAACUUUCCGGAUAUAACUCUUCAUCUCUUAAUUCCUCAAAAGCGCUAGAACCAAACCUGCAUAUAGCGUCAGAAAAUUUUCAGUUUCUCUUAGAUGCGACCGAUCAGCAACCUAACGUUUCUGAAAUGAAGGAAACUGACUCGAAUCAUGACGGUCCUGCUGUAUAUAAUGCAGUGAAAAAUAUUACACAAGAUGAAGAAGAAAUACUCUUCGAAAAUAAAACUGCAGACUGCAUAAAUGAAGAAAUUUUUAGUGAGUCCAAUGAAACAGAAGAGUCUCCUGCUGUAAGUUUAAAUUAA